AUGUAUGGGUUUUUCCAAGGUGCUGAGUUCUUCAUCAAGGACCGCAGGCUCGCUGUAGCAACUCUCAGGGCUCCUUGGAGGUGCAUGAGGAGUCAGAAGUCUGCUCCACCUCGGCUGGUUAUUGAGAAGCUGAAGGAUGACAACUUCCCCAUCGAAGUUGAUAAAAAAGCAAGCUAUACCAAGCUUCCACAAGAGAGUCAUACCAAGCUUCCACAAGAGAGUCAUACCAAGCUUCCACAGGAGAGUCAUACCAAGCUUCCACAGGAGAGUCAUACCAAGCUUCCACAUGAGAGUCAUACCAAGCUUCCACAAGAGAGUCCAACCAAGCUUCCACAAGAGAGUCCCACCAAGCUUCCACAGGAGAGUCAUACCAAGCUUCCACAGGAGAGUCAUACCAAGCUUCCACAAGAGAGUCAUACCAAGCUUCCACAAGAGAGUCCUACCAAGCUUCCACAUGAGAGUCCUACCAAGCUUCCACAGGAGAGUCCCACCAAGCUUCCACAAGAGAGUCAUACCAAGCUUCCACAAGAGAGUCCUACCAAGCUUCCACAUGAGAGUCAUACCAAGCUUCCACAGGAGAGUCCCACCAAGCUUCCACAAGAGAGUCAUACCAAGCUUCCACAAGAGAGUCCCACCAAGCUUCCACAGGAGAGUCAUACCAAGCUUCCACAGGAGAGUCCCACCAAGCUUCCACAAGAGAGUCCUACCAAGCUUCCACAAGAGAGUCAUACCAAGCUUCCACAGGAGAGUCCCACCAAGCUUACACAGGAGAGUCAUACCAAGCUUCCACAGGAGAGUCAUACCAAGCUUCUACAAGAGAGUCCCACCAAGCUUCCACAAGAGAGUCAUACCAAGCUUCCACAAGAGAGUCCCACCAAGCUUCCACAAGAGAGUUUUACCAAGCUUCCACAAGAGAGUCAUACCAAGCUUCCACAGGAGAGUCCCACCAAGCUUCCACAAGAGAGUCAUACCAAGCUUCCACAAGAGAGUCAUGCCAAGCUUCCACAAGAGAGUCCUACCAAGCUUCCACAUGAGAGUCAUACCAAGCUUCCACAGGAGAGUCCCACCAAGCUUCCACAAGAGAGUCAUACCAAGCGUUCAAAAGAGAGUCAUACCAAGCUUCCACAAGAGAGUCAUACCAAGCUUCCACAGGAGAGUCAUACCAAGCUUCCACAGGAGAGUCAUACCAAGCUUCCACAGGAGAGUCAUACCAAGCUUCCACAGGAGAGUCAUACCAAGCUUCCACAAGAGAGUCAUACCAAGCUUCCACAAGAGAGUCCCACCAAGCUUCCACAGGAGAGUCAUACCAAGCUUCCACAAGAGAGUCCUACCAAGCUCCCACAAGAGAGUCUUACCAAGCUUCCACAAGAGAGUCAUACCAAGCUUCCACAGGAGAGUCAUACCAAGCUUCCACAAGAGAGUCCCACCAAGCUCCCACAAGAGAGCCCUACCAAGCUUCCACAGGAGAGUCAUACCAAGCUUCCACAGGAGAGUCAUACCAAGCUUCCACAAGAGAGUCAUACCAAGCUUCCACAGGAGAGUCCCACCAAGCUUCCACAAGAGUCAUACCAAGCUUCCACAGGAGAGUCAUACCAAGCUUCCACAAGAGAGUCAUACCAAGCUUCCACAAGAGAGUCAUACCAAGCUUCCACAAGAGUCCAACCAAGCUUCCACAAGAGAGUCAUACCAAGCUUCCACAGGAGAGUCAUACCAAGCUUCCACAGGAGAGUCCUACCAAGCUUCCACAGGAGAGUCAUACCAAGCUUCCACAGGAGAGUCAUACCAAGCUUCCACAAGAGAGUCAUACCAAGCUUCCACAAGAGUCCAACCAAGCUUCCACAAGAGAGUCAUACCAAGCUUCCACAGGAGAGUCAUACCAAGCUUCCACAGGAGAGUCCUACCAAGCUUCCACAGGAGAGUCAUACCAAGCUUCCACAGGAGAGUCAUACCAAGCUUCCACAAGAGAGUCAUGCCAAGCUUCCACAAGAGAGUCCCACCAAGCUUCCACAAGAGAGUCAUACCAAGCUUCCACAAGAGAGUCAUACCAAGCUUCCACAGGAGAGUCAUACCAAUUAUUUGCUGCAUGGAGAUGUUUGGUCAAUGCCAAUUUAAAUGAAGUUUUUGUUUUUAAUCUGUGGGAAGGAACUGGAGAUCCCAAAAGAAACCCAUGCAGAACAGGGGGAUAACUUACAAAC